GCUUCGAGCCAUUAUUUGUUAGAGCUGCUCCUAUUUAAAAUGGUAAACUAUUUUUGUCAGCCUCUAACAGAAUGUUUAACUUUCUGUUUUUAUGUGUCAGGAAGCACAAAAACAGGAAAAGCCACACUGGUAGAUUUUACUGGAUGGUGUUUUACACAAGGUGGUCUAGAGAAAAUAGAGUCAGGAGUGGACUUAUGCCUUUGGCUGAUCUAUGCCUCACGUGUCACUUUGACUUAAGAAGGAUAGGAUUAAAAUGAUCAAGCAGGGACUAGCAUAUGUCUAAGUGGAAUGCCUGAAAAGAAAUAAUCUGUCUGUAAUUUGGAGCAAUGAAGACUUAACCAUUUUUAAUGGAACAACUCUUUCCAGGCCCACCUCCAGAUUCAUGGUCACAGAGCAGCUAACGUACCAUGGUUUGGUAAUGAUCAUAGCCCACUAGUUCUGGUUCUGGGGUCAGGGAACCUUCUGUCUUACUCAGUUUUGGCUGCUAUAAUAAAUUACCAUAGACUGGGUGACGACCAAUUCCUUCCUCACAGUUGGGGGCUGGGAAGGCUAAGAUCAUGGUAUGGGCAAGUUCAGGGUCUGGUAAGGACUGAUUACAGAUUUGCAAAUUACCAUCUUCAAGGUGGGUGCUCACAUGACACAGAGCUGGGAGCUGGACAAGCUUUCUGGUCUCUUACUGCUGUAGUAGGCACUAAAUCCCAUUCAUGAAGCUCUAUCCUUAUGACCUAAACAUUUACCAAACGUCCCUACCUCCUAAUGUCAUCACAUUGGUGGGUUGGGAUUUCAACAUAUCUUCCCUAAAUGCUUUAUAUACCUUUAGCUUUAAUCUGUUAGGAGGGAAUGUUUAUGGGAGUCUCUCAAAAUGUACAAAAUUCUGGGGAAUUAAUCUUAGUUUGUGGAGGGGCAAGGCAGGAUUUCUAAGUUGCAAGCAGGAUUUAUGCUUUGGGAAUUGACCCCAGUAUUCCUUUUUGCCACCAAAAGAACUGGCCAAAUCUGGGUCUCCGAGGUGGACUUAUGAUAAUAGAAAUUUUCAGGUGCAUGAAAGUCUAUAAUAAGUUUUCCUUUUAUAGGAUUCUAAUGGCCACUUCCUACCUUGCCUUGGUACAGGAAGAGGGCUGAUGAGCAAAACAUCCCUGCGGGAGGGACAGAUGAUUAUUUCGUUGCCUGAGAGUUGCCUGCUCACCACGGACACAGUGAUUAGAAGCUACUUAGGGACGUACAUUGCUAAGUGCCAGCCUCCUCCAUCUCCUCUUCUGGCUCUGUGCACCUUUUUAGUUUCAGAAAAGCAUGCUGGGGACCAGUCUCUCUGGAAGCCUUACCUGGACAUUUUACCAAAGGCCUACACCUGCCCCGUAUGUUUGGAGCCAAAAGUGGUGAAUCUUUUUCCUGAACCUUUGAAGGCAAAGGCUGAAGAGCAGAGAGCCCGUGUGCAGGGGUUCUUUUCUUCCUCCAGAGACUUUUUCUCUUCCCUGCAGCCUCUGUUUUCUGAGGCUGUUGAGAACAUUUUUAGCUACAGUGCCCUCCUGUGGGCUUGGUGCACGGUCAACACCAGAGCUGUGUACAUGAAGCAUGGGCAGAGGAAAUGCUUUUCUCCAGAGCCGGACACCUAUGCGCUCGCCCCGUACUUGGAUCUGCUGAAUCACAGCCCAGAUGUCCAGGUAAAAGCAUCAUUUAAUGAGAAAACUCGCUGUUAUGAAGUCAGAACGGCUUCAGGUUGCAGGAAACAUGAACAGGUGUUCAUCUGCUAUGGCCCUCAUGAUAACCAGCGGCUGCUCCUGGAAUACGGAUUCGUGUCCAUCCAGAAUCCUCAUGCUUGUGUUUAUGUCUCAGCAGAACUACUUGUUAAAUAUCUGCCAUCAACAGAUAAACAAAUGAACAAGAAGAUUUCCAUUUUGAAGGAUCAUGACUUUAUAGAAAAUUUAACAUUUGGAUGGGAUGGACCAUCUUGGAGGUUACUCACAGCUCUUAAGUUGUUAUGUCUGGAGGCCGAAGAAUUUACAUGCUGGAAAAAAAUACUUCUUGGGGACAUCAUUUCAGAUACAAAUGAGAAGAGAAGUUUGGUCAUAGCCCAGAAAAUAUGUCAUUAUUUCAUAGAGGAAACCAAUGCUAUGCUGCAAAAGGUUUCUCAUAUGAAAGAUGAAGAAGUGGCUUUGAUAAACCAACUAACUUUGGUAGAAACAUUGUGGACAGAAGAGCUAAAGAUUCUGCAGGCCUCUGAUGAGAUUCUAAACAGUUUGCAAAUGCCUUUUAGGUAACUUCACCUAAUGCAUUUGGUCACCUCCUGUGGUGGGUGUGACAAACAAAGAUUUAUUUUGUAUAGAAUCAUUUAUAGUCAGUGAAUGGUUUCUAUUAAACAAUUGUUUACUGAAUCCUA